AAAAAACAUCCACAGAAGAAGAAGAAGAAUGACGUCAUUGGAUAGCGGCGCCGCGGUGGACUGGAAUGGGACCUGAAGAUUUUUCCCAAAUUUUGAUAGCUUAAUCCAUGAAUGGCGCCGAAACAGGACCCGAAGCCUAAAUUUCAAGAAGGUGAAAGAGUGCUGUGUUUUCAUGGGCCAUUGCUCUACGAAGCUAAGUGUGUUAAGAUUAAUAUCAAGGACAAACAGAUCAAAUACUUCAUUCAUUACAGUGGUUGGAAUAAGAACUGGGACGAAUGGGUUCCUGAAAGCAGAGUUCUGAAGUAUGUGGACAGUAACCUUCAGAAACAGAAAGAGCUUCAGAGGGCCAAUCAAGACCAUUAUGUAGAAGGGAGAAUGAGGGGAGCUGCACCGAAUAAGAAGAUCCCUGCUGCAUCGCAGAAAAAUGAUGUGAAAACCAAAAAGAACAAACAGAAGACUCCUGGAGCAGGAGAGGGAACAAGUUCAGGAGGAGAUCCAAUCCAUCCUCCCAGGAAGAAGAGAGCACGAGUUGACCCAACUGUUGAGAGCGAGGAAACCUUUAUAAACAGAGUUGAAGUUAAGGUAAAAAUCCCAGAGGAGCUCAAACCAUGGCUUGUGGAUGACUGGGAUCUGAUCACACGUCAAAAACAGCUUUUUCACCUUCCAGCCAAAAAAAACGUUGAUGCUGUCCUCGAAGACUAUGGAAACUACAAAAAAUCAAGAGGAAACUCUGACAGCAAGGAGUUUGCUGUGAAUGAGGUGGUCGCCGGUAUCCGUGAAUAUUUCAACGUCAUGCUGGGGACGCAGCUUCUCUACAAAUUUGAGCGGCCUCAGUACGCAGACAUCCUGGCAAACCACCCCGACACAGCCAUGUCUCAGAUCUACGGCGCGCCUCACCUACUCAGACUUUUCGUGAGAAUUGGGGCCAUGCUGGCGUACACUCCCCUGGACGAGAAGAGUCUUGCACUGCUUCUCAGUUACCUACAAGACUUUCUCAAGUAUCUCGUUAAGAACUCUGCGUCACUCUUCAAUGCAAGCGACUAUGAAGUUGCUCCUCCAGAGUACCAUCGAAAGGCGGUCUAAAUUUUAUUUUAUUUUUUUAGUUGGAUCUGAAACCUUUGUGUGUUAAAGAUCAGAAAACUCUUUCAGUUGGAAAAAAAAA